ACGUAUCAUUUUGUAUGUGUUACUUUGAUAUAGAGUGACUAUGAGUUCGUACUUGUCGAUCCUUGAGGAGGAGAUCACGCAUGUCCAAGAACUACUACAAUCAUUACCUUUCAAUGCAGAAAAAAGAACAAUCCCGUUUCUCGAGGUGUACAAAAUACCUUAUCAUGAGUUUAUAGAAUUAAAGAAUCAUCCAAAUAAAUUUCCAAUUGAUGGGAACAAGCUCCUUAAACUCGGAAUAUCGUUGGGUAACCUUUUAAAGACACUAGAGGCUGAAAAGGAGAAUUAUGAUCGUCAACAAACACAGCAACAAGUAUUUAUACAGAAUUUAAACAAAUCACGCGCGAACAAGCCCAAACCCACCACUGCAACUGCGAAUGGCCAAGAAUUUGACCCAUUUAAAGAGAGUUCUGAUUCAAAUGAUAAUUCACAAAUAAAACGACAGUCCGGCACCUCGGAUGUAAGUUCCAAUGCAAAUGCAGCCAUACAUCCUUAUCAAAUUCGAUUCAUGAUGAACCUUUUAAAUAUUCUAAAGAGCUUUGAUAUACGCGUGCCCAAUCCCUACAAACCGGAAACAACAUCUGUGGUCAGCCAUUUAUAUGGCGAUGGACCUACCAAAAGAGAUAGUCUACCAUCCAAUUAUUCUCCGGCAAAUAGAACACCCCCGCGUCCACGUCCCUCGUCAGCCUCAUCAGAAAUUUCUCGGCCGGACUCGGUGGUAACAUCCUCACCUAUAAAACUCAGUUCACGACAGCUAUCAAUCGAGAAAUUAGAAAUCAAUAUUAAUGUUGAUAACAUAUUUAUUUACAAAAUCUUGUUGAAGAUGAUUAGGGAGAUCUAUCUCCGAUUAAAGGAACAUUUCCAAACAAUUGAAUCCCAAGGUAUUGUUACUGAUACAAUUUCCAAGAAUGAUUCCGAUGAAAACUUUUCAAUAUUUUCCCUGAACUCAAAUAACUCUCAGGAGAAUUUACUCCCUGGUAACGAUGAAUAUCUACGUGUGUUUCAUCAAGUGAUGAGUCGAAUUUCUUAUGGAAUAUUGGAACCUUUUAUCCUUAUGAUUUACCACGAAUUGGCUGAAAAGAAAAUCCAGGAUUCUUUCACAGAUUUGAUUGAAAGUUUGUAGGAGCUUUUUUUAUAUAAGUUGUAGAUUAACUAGCUAUGGGGUAUACAAUAUAUAUAUUUAUUUAUUUACUACUCUUAUUUUUAUGCCUCUAUUUAAGAUAUAGACCUGCUAUAUUCCAACAUACCACCAUUUGGCAAACCUUCUCCAAACAAUUUUACUGAAUCUUCUUCCAAGCACCUUACCAAUCAAGGGGAAUAUGACAAAACUAACCAAUGCCUGGAUUUGUUGCAUGCUUUCUUCCCAUUGUUCUUGGGCCGUCAAUGAGUACUCCGACGAGUAGUAGGAUGACUCGGAGCUGUUGUCGUCAAUUUCAGAAUCAUUCUCAAUGUCUGAAUAUUCGUAGUUUACUAUGUCAGUAGCUUGUUCAAACGACAUUGUCUUGUGAUGUGUAUGGUGUGUUAUUCCUGUUUGCCUUCAAACUCCAC